GACUAAUUUCCAAGCGCGAGGGAAGCAGCGUCGUCAACAGAGAGGAAUGGGAAUGAAGUAACAGGAGCUGAGCAAAUUCCUGCUAGGCUCUUCAGACCCUCCUCUUGAGAGAGAUGUCAAAGGAGUUGGAAACUUGAGAGGCACUUUGUUCCUGGCAUCCCGUCGUUCUUAUAUUACUUCACGUGACAUACAUCAGACACUCCAAGACGGAACAAUAACAAACAACUUCCCCUCCAAUCCUCAUCAAAACAUCUACCAUCUCGAGGAAAUGGAGAGUCCACACGAACACCAGCAGGCUUUGCUGCUCUCCCGAAUUAUCGGCAACAUUGAAAAAUUAAACGAGGCUAUUAUGGUUAUGAAUAAAAGUCUACAGGAAGUAAAUAUUCAAAACAUGAAUAUUGAACUUGUCGCGCAAAUGUUCAAGAACUAUCAAUCUAAUGUUCUUUUCCACCUUGAAGCCACGGAGAAUUUGAAGGAGCCGUCGUAGACUUUAUGGUGUCCAGAAGUGUGACAGUUACAGGAACGUGGAGUAUGGGUUGGGAUUAAGCUUGGGAUUGUUAUCAAUGAGUUAUACAAGUAGCAGCCAUUCAAUGUCAUUCUGGUUCUCUUUAGGCUUGUAUUGUUGUGAUACAAAAUGGAAUCUGCCUAUCGUUGGGGAGAUUUCAUGCCACCACAGGUUGUCAGGACAUUUUGAUGGCCACGCAGUUGGCAGCAGUAGUUUGCUAUUUGAAGCGCCA